GAAGCGUCAUCUGAAGUUUAUAUAUUGCAAACAACAUUUCGAGAUGGACAGUUUCCAUAUCGGACUACACUGCGUCGAUAUGAGAUUCUUAGGCCACACAUGUCCAGUUGGAGGCUCCCAGGAAAUGUUGAGCUUGUAGAGAUGCAUUGUAUUGCUUGAGCUGCACAGCAACCGUCUCCCCGCGCCACUGUCAUACUUUACAAAAGUGUGAGGACGGUAAGGUUUGUUUUACCCAGAGGUAUUCAGGAAUCAAUGGAGAAGUUUUAUAUGACACUGGAUGUCAUACACCAUCUAUUUGUUCGAAAACGACGCCCCAGGAUUUAGUAAUGAACCCGUGUCAUAACCCCGCCUAUUCCCGCACAGAACAGUGUGUAGAGUGCUGCUCAUCGGAUGCAUGUAACCAUAAGGGAUGCGGAAGUCCAGAUUAUCCCACCAGACGAGGCCCUCUUUGUUUCAACUGUCCGCAGGCGGAAAACCCCGCCCUCUGUAGCGCUGUCCAAGUCUGUGACGAAAAUGAAAUAUGCCACAUACACGAGGAAGUGGAAUUUGGAAAAUCGUACUUUGUUCAAUCUUGUUCCCAAAAGCACAUUUGUGAUAGUGGAAGUCCUAACAUAUUUGGAAAGCGAUCGACAGAACGAUGCCUGAAGUGUUGCAAUUCUGAUCUUUGUAAUGGAGAGUGUGCAACUUUAACGACGACGACAACCACAACGACAAUUCCAACGACGACGACAAUUCCAACGACGACACUCCAAUAUUCCUUCCCAUUUGAUUGCUGGGAAAUCUUGCACAAUGGAUUUAACACCACGGGGAUUUACCAGAUAUAUCCCUGGGGGCCUGGUAAUAAAUCAAUCGACGUGCUCUGCAACAUGGAUGUCGACCCUAAAGGCUGGACAGUAUUUCAAUGGCGGCAUCCUUUAACAGAAAACUUUACUCGGAACUGGGAAGAAUAUAAAAAUGGCUUUGGUAAUGUGUCUGGAGAAUUUUGGCUCGGUAACGAGGCAUUGCACCUGUUGUCUACAGCACAUCCAACACAGUUUUACAUUGGUAUUUCAAGUACUAGAGGAAAGUCGUGGUAUGAAAAGUUUUAUAACAUGACAGUGGCCUCCGAAAGUGAUGGAUACAGACUUACUUUAGGAGAUGCAUAUGGAACAGCCGGAGACUACAGUACACUUCUAUAUAGUGGUGGAAUGAAUACUCUCCCGUUCACAACAUACGACAGAGACAACGACGCAAGUUCAGACAACUGUGCAAAUAUCUACAAAGGCGGAUGGUGGUUCAACAAGUGUGAGUUUGUGUACCUGAAUGGCCCCCGUGAAUCUUCUCAUAAAUUCGCUGUCUAUGGGGGUACCAUACGUGAUAUGAACAACUUCAAUUCAUCUAUGUUAAUGAUCACUCGAAUGUAACAGAAAAUCUUCAGCGUAUCCAUAGUGGAUUCAGAACCUGAAGGGUCAACGCAUUCACCAAAUUUACUACGUGUAUAGUAUUAAUUAUUAUGUUGAUGUUUACAACUGUAAUUAUACAUGAUGUAGUUCAUAAGUACAUUAGUUAUACGCAUUAAAUGCUUUGAAAAAGA